AUGUCGCCGACAGGCGAGGAGGGCGCUAACAGGUCAGGAGAGCACUGCACGGUGAUGAGGGCUGCGACAGAUCUGGAGGACGCUGUCCGUGAAGAGGGUGCCGACAAGUCAGCAGGGCGCUGUAUGGUGCCUCUCAAGCCGCAACUGCAGCCUAAGCUGUCCCCAGAACAGAGGCGCCGCCGUCUGGAGCUCGCCAAACCAUGCCAGGAAGACCAUGCCAUCAAACUCAGCUCACGCCGCGCCGGGAAGACCUGCGAGUGCGGCGACACCAAGGAAGGGUUCUGCUCCCCCUUCUCCCGCCGCGAGCUACAACACGCCCUCUCCAAGCUGAAGCCCGGAAAGAGCCCCGGCCCGGACAUGGUGUCCAACGACAUGCUCCGACAACUGAGCCCUACCGGCGAGACGGAGCUGCUCCGGGUCCUAAACCGUAGCUGGACCGAAGGCACGGUCCCCGCCAGCUGGCGCGCCGCAGAGAUAGUCGCCAUCCCCAAGAAGGGCAAGUCGCCGGCCCUCCCAAGCAGCUACCGGCCAAUCAGCCUCCUCAACACCAUCAGCAAGCUCGCCGAGAGACUGGUGCAGAACCGGCUCCAACACUGGCUGGAGCGACACAAGAAGCUGAACCCGAACCAGGCCGGCUUCCGCAAGGGACACAGCACGAUCGACCAGCUCUUCCGAGUCACCCAAUCGAUCUUCGACGCCUUCGAACAACCGAAGCACCAUCGCGCCAUCCUAGUCUUGCUAGACUUCGCCAAGGCCUACGAUCGUGUAUGGCGGGACGGCCUGUUCCACAAGAUGGAGAAGAUGGGCAUCCCUGGCUGCGCCACGCGGUGGGUGAAGGCCCUGCUCACGGACAGGCGUGCUCGGGUCAGGUGGGGAAACGCCCGCUCAUCACAGCGCGUCUUCCAAGAGGGCCUCCCGCAGGGCAGCGUGAUGGCGCCGCUACUGUGGCUGAUCUAUUGCAAUGACCUCGAUGAAGACAUCAACACCAACACCACCCGCUCUCUCUACGCGGACGAUACCGCCCUCCUGGCUACUGGACCUUCGCUGCAGGCGUGCGCCGACCAGCUGCAACCGGAUCUGGACCAAGUCGCCCGCUGGCUGGACAAGUGGAAGGUCGAGGCCAGCCCAAGCAAGUGCGUCUUCACCACCUUCUCGCUACACGCCAAGGAGGUCAACGGAAAGGUCGUCCCGACACUGACCUUCAAAGGCGACCAGCUCGCGCACGAGAAGAACCCGACCUUCCUGGGGCUGACCCUGGACAGCCAGCUCACCUUCACCAACCACAUCGAGGAAGUGAAGAAGAGGAUGGCACAGCGCCGAUGCUGUCUGACAGCUCUGGCGGGCAGGUCAUACGGCUGUGACCAAGCCACGCUGCGCGCGGCCUACAUCGCGUACAUCCGCAGCGUGGCCGACUACGGAGCUGCCCUCUACUCCACCCACGCUGCACCCUCCGUGCGGGCCCGGCUCGAGGCAGAGCAGCACAAGUGCGCCAGAGUGAUCACUGGCUGCAUCCGCCUCACAAACUCGGAGACCCUCAUCACCGAGGCCGGCCUGCCACCACUCGCAGUGAGAGGCUGGGAAAUAGCAGCAAUGGAGCAGGAGCGACUCGCCAGACUGCCGCCAGGAGACCCCGCCAGAGCCCUCACCGAGCGACACGUCCGCCCACGCCUCAAGCACAGGGCUCAUGAGGCCUGGCAGCGAGCGCACACUGAGGCCAGAAGACGCGGCGAACCGCCGCCGGACCCCCCGAGCGAGGACACGGCGCUGCCCUUCAAACCGUGCUUCCGGCGGGUCAGUCAGUGGAUGGCCAAGGAGGCGGGUCUAGCGGACCUCCCACGGGAACCGCUGGCCCUGGUCCCGGAACAGCCGCCGUGGACCAACCCAGCAGACGCGGUCACCUUCCGCCUCUCCCUCCCGCGCGUCACCAGAAGAGACGACCCACCCGCCGUGAGGAAAGCUGCCGCCCUCGAGGCCAUAGCCAUGGUCAACCCGGACUGCACCAUCUGGUCCGACGGCUCCGCCAAGUCCGGCACCAGGGACGGAGGCGGCGGUGCGCUGAUCCAGCUGCACCGGGAGAACCGCGAAGUGGAGACAUUGGUACCGGCGGGCUCGGUCUGCAGCAGCAUGCGGGCCGAACUCGCAGCGAUGUUGGCGGCGUUCACCUGCCUGCUGGCACAACCGGGAGAGACCAGGAGCCGCAUCAAGACAUGCCUGCUGUGCACCGACUCCCUCUCCGGCCUUCAGUUACUCCAGCGCGGACCGGAGGCCCAGAAGCUGGUCCUCGCCGAGCGCGUCUGGGCCGCGAUGGGCUCACUGGGGGAACAGAACACGGCCAUCAUCCUCCAGUGGGUCCCAGGCCAUGCCGACAUCGCCGGCAACGAGGCGGCAGACAGGCUGGCUAACCGUGCGGCGGCCGAGUGUGCCCAAUCGGAGACGCCCAUCGAUCUGGCCAGCGCCCGAACCGCCAUACGGCAGCGCGCCAGGGAAAUGCAGGCCACGCGUGCACACCGGCACCCGCACCCCCAGCCCACGCCUGGACUCCAAGACCUCCCGCGCUGGGGGCAAGUGACCGUGUCGCAGCUGCGGACCGGCUACUGCCCCCUGGCACGAGCGACGCUCCACCGUCUGGAGCUCACCCCGGACCCUCUCUGCCGGGAGUGUGGUGCCGAGGACACCGUUCGCCACCUCCUCACCGAGUGCCCAGCAUUCGCCACCACGAGACGCCGGCUCUGGGGGGACCCCUGCCAUCCCUCGACGAGGUCCUCUCCGGGCCGGCCGACUGUCACCGCCAGCUACUACCAGGACAACAUCCUCGAGACGGCCCUGAAGUCGGCGUUGAGCAGAACCCGUGAGAACGGCCCUCCGACAAAGGUCAAACUCCACCCUGACAUGUCCAAGGUCAUCUUCCAGCAAGACGGCGCCCCGGCUCACACCGCCGGCACGAGCCAGCCGUGGUGCGAGGAGCACCUCCCGGACUUCUGGCGGAAGGAGAACAAGAUGGACGAGAUACCAGCUGCGACCUCCAGGGACGGCCUGGUAGACAGCCUCAAGCUCGCCUGGAGGAAGAUCCCGCGCGAGACGCUGGACAACCUGAUCAGUGGCAUGCCAGAACGCAUGCAGGCGUGUGUGAAGGAGAGGGGCGGAUACAUUGGUAAAUAA